AGAAGACCCAACAACAAAUGACAACCGAAAGCGAACGAAGAAGACGCAACAAAUGACAACUGAAAGCGAACCACUUCGUUCUUCUCUGAAAAUCCAAAAUGGAUUCUUCCUUUUCCCUGGCCGGCCACCACCGCAUAAAUACAUCACUUCCAUCAUCUCCACCACCCGCUUUUAUUCUUACUCAUCAGAAACAUAACUUCUCUCACUCCAAAUGCGUACUUCUUCUACUCUCUCAAGUAAACCUCGAUUUGAUUCUUCUUCUAUCUUCCCCAGAAUUCAGUCCCCGGAUAUUAUCUUACCUGCCAGUGUAGCUGUCAAUAGGAUGAAUUCGGGACAAAAUAGGUUUCGUGGAGUUGGAGUUGUUCAUUCGAGCAGUGAAGUGGUAGCCAUUGAUGAUCGGGAAGUGGAGGGAGUUGGUGAGAAGAAGAGAGAAAAAUCGAGGGUUUUAAAAGUCGGGUUAAUUUGCGGAGGGCCAUCUGCUGAGCGAGGGAUUUCGCUUAAUUCCGCGAGAUCAGUGCUUGAUCAUAUUCAGGGGGAUGACCUUCAUGUUAGCUGCUAUUACAUUGAUCCCAAUCUCAAUGCAUAUGCAAUAUCAUCUGCCCAGGUUUAUUCAAAUACUCCUGCUGAUUUUGACUUCAAACUUGAGAGCCUGGCACAAGGAUUCGAGACUUUGACUGACUUUGCAGAACACCUGGCUGCUUAUGUGGACAUAGUUUUCCCUGUUAUACAUGGUCGAUUUGGUGAAGAUGGAGGCAUUCAGGAGCUUCUAGAAAAAUCAAAUGUUCCAUUUAUUGGCACAAGAUCAAAAGAAUGUCGAACUGCAUUUGACAAGUAUGAUGCUUCCUUGGAGCUUAAGAGACAAGGAUUCAUAACAGUUCCCAAUUUUGUACUUCAGGGAAAUGAAUUGGAUGAAUCUGGUUUAUCAAGAUGGUUUUCCAACAAUCAACUAGAUGCUAACUCAGGGAAAGUUGUGGUGAAACCAACAAGAGCAGGAUCAAGUAUUGGAGUUACAGUUGCAUAUGGUGUUAAUGAUUCCCUAACCAAAGUUAAAGAAAUCAUGUCUGAGGGGAUUGAUGAUAAAGUUAUAGUUGAAAUUUUUCUUGGAGGAGGAAAAGAAUUUACAGCAAUUGUUCUUGAUGUUGGUUCUGAUUCUAUCCAACAACCAGUUGUUUUUCUUCCAACUGAGGUGGAACUUCAAACAAGCAACAAUGGUGACAUAAGUGAGAAAGAUGCAAUAUUUAACUACAGGAGGAAGUAUCUUCCCACUCAACAGGUUGUUUAUCACACUCCACCUCGUUUUCCAUUAGAUGUAAUUAACAAAAUUCGAGAAGGAGCUUCUAUUUUAUUCAAAAAGCUUGGUUUAAGGGAUUUUGCAAGAAUUGAUGGUUGGUUUUUACCUCCUUCUGCCAUGUCAGCAUCUGAAGCAAAUGAUUUUGGGAAAACAGAAUCAGGAACUGUUAUAUUUACUGAUAUUAACUUGAUUAGUGGAAUGGAGCAAACAAGUUUCCUAUUUCAACAAGCUUCAAAGGUUGGAUUUUCACACUCCAAUAUCCUCAGAACAAUCAUCCAUCAUGCUUGUAUUCAGUUCCCAAAUCUUGCUUCAUUUUGUAAUAAAUCAUCAUCAAGAACAUCAAAGUCUUCAAAACAUGAAGGUUUACAAAAGGUGUUUGUGAUAUUUGGUGGAGAUACUUCUGAACGCCAGGUGUCACUUAUGAGUGGGACUAAUGUUUGGCUUAAUCUUCAAGUAUCUGGUGAUCUUGAAGUAACUCCUUGUUUGCUUGCUCCUGGAAAUGAUGAUUCAUCAGAGGUGAUUGAUGUUGGCUCAAGGGCAGUUUGGUCAUUACCUUACUCUCUUGUUCUGAGACAUACAACAGAAGAAGUUGUUGAUGCAUGCACAGAGGCACUUGAUCCUACACGUGCUGAAUUGACUUCCAAAUUGAGAAAAAAAGUGAUGGAUGAAAUAGAAAAUGGUUUAAAGAAACAUAAUUGGUUCACAGGUUUUGAUAUAUCAGAUCAACAACCAAUCAAAUUCACACUAAAUAAAUGGAUAAAGUUAGCCAAACAAGUUCAAGCAACUGUUUUCAUUGCAGUGCAUGGAGGCAUAGGUGAAGAUGGAACACUUCAGUCAUUGCUGGAAGCUGAAAAAGUACCUUAUACAGGUCCUGGAUUUUCAGCUUCAAAGAUAUGUAUGGACAAAGUUGCAACUUCUCUCUCAGUUAAUCAUCUUACUAGCUUUGGGGUUCUUACUAUAAAUAAAGAUGUUAGGAGAAAAGAGGAUCUUUUGAAUUCAUGUUGUUGUGAUGUUUGGGGUGAAGUGACAUCAAAGCUGAAAUGUGAAACUUUGUGUAUUAAACCAGCAAGAGAUGGAUGCUCCACUGGAGUUGCAAGAAUCUGCUGUGCUAGUGACCUUGGUGUUUAUGUAAAAGCAUUAGAAGAUUGUCUUCCUCGAAUUCCUCCAAAUAGUUUGAAUAAGGCACAUGGUGUGAUUGAGAUGCCAGUUCCUCCACCCGAGUUUUUAAUCUUUGAACCUUUUAUUGAAACCGAUGAAAUUACAAUUAUACCCAAAUCAAAAAACAAAAACGAAGGGCUUUUAUGGAAAGGAAAAAGUCGAUGGGUUGAAAUAACAGUUGGAGUAAUUGGGAAACGAGGCUCCAUGCGUUCUUUAAUGCCUAGUGUCACUGUUAAAGAAAGUGGCGACAUAUUAUCACUUGAAGAGAAAUUUCAAGGUGGAACAGGGAUUAAUCUUACCCCACCCCCACUCUCAAUAAUGAGCACCGAGGCAUUGAUGAAAUGUAAAGAACGCAUUGAGCUUAUAGCCAACACCUUAGAGCUUGAAGGAUUUUCUCGUAUUGAUGCAUUUGUUAAUGUUGAUAACGGCGAGGUUUUAGUUAUUGAAGUGAAUACUGUUCCCGGAAUGACGCCUUCAACUGUCUUGAUUCAUCAGGCGCUUGCAGAGGAGCCUCCGGUGUACCCUCAUGUGUUUUUCCGUACACUAUUGGAUUUGGGUUCCGAAAGAUUCAUGUAAAUGUAAAUCUCAAGAGAAUUCUUGCAAGUUGAUACUUUGUUAAACACAUUAAAUAUUUAAUGUUUAUGUUUUCUAUAUUUAUUUAUGUAAUUUUCAUAAACAUGCUUCCACAAUUCAGUAAAGGGAUGAUUCAACAUGUUAAUGUCAUAAAUGGG